AUGUUCUCUGAGGUCAAAGGAAACCCCAUUAAUAAUAAUAAUAAUAAUAAUAAUAAUAAAAAUAAAAAUAAUAAUAAUAAUAGCAAACUUGAAUUCAUUUUUCAAGUAUUAGUAUCAAUAAUAUUAUUAUAUAAUACCAUUAAUAAAAACAAUGAAAUUAGCUUGAUUGAAAAUUUUUAUAAAAAUAGUUUCUUAAUUUUAUCUACCACCAUCAACAUUUGUUAUCAAUUUUUUAUUAAAUUUAAUUUUACAUCUAAAAAUUUACAUUCAAGAUCUCAUAAAAAUAAUAAUGAUGAUAAUAAAUUAUUAGUAGAAAGACAACAAUCAGAUUGGGGAUUAGGUUUAGGAAUAUCAUUAAUACCUAAUAUAUUAUUAGUUAUUUUAUUAACAUUAAAUAACAAUAAUAAUAAUAAUAAUAAUAACUAUUUCACAAUAAUAUCAUUAUAUCAAAUUUCAUUAUCAAUAAUAUCACCACUAUUUUUAUUUAAUCAUAUAAAUACAUAUAGAAAUUCAAAAAUAUGGAAGCCUUCGUCAUCAUCAUCACACCAACCUUCUUUAACAAAAAAAGAAUAUACAAAUUUCAUAAUAAUAUUUUUAAUCACUUUAAUAAUCUCUUUUACAAUAUUCUUUGACAAUGAAAUUAAUUUUAAUAAUUUAAAGUUAACAUUAUUUUUAUUUUUAUUAAGUUUUAUAUUUUUAGUAAUAACAAAACAAUUACUCUAUAAAUUACCAAAUAGUUUUACAAUAGGAGAAGCUUCAAUUAUUUCUCAAAUUAUUACUAUACUAUUAUCAGAAUCAAUUAGAUAUUUUUAUAAUUUAUUUAUUAAUAACAAUAAUAAUAAUAAUAAUAAUGAUAAUAGUAUUAAUAAAUUUUCUAGAAUAAAUAUAUUAUAUUGUUUUUAUAGUUUAAUAGUUGGUUCAUUAUUUAUUGUUUUUUUAAAUAGUUUAUUUAAUGUUGCAAAAAGUUUAAGAAAAUUAAUGACAGAUUAUAAUAAUAAUAAUAAUAAUAAUAAUUUAAUAAAGAAUAUAAUAAUAAAGAGUAGUUUAUUUUAUUUUUUAGUAAUUUUUAUAAUAGUUGGUAUUAUUUAUCCAGUAUUAUCAUAUCAAUUGAAUGGUGAGAAUCCAUUUAUUUGGGUAUUUGAAUAUAUUGGAUCAAGUGAUAGAAUAAAGUAUACAAUUGGAUUAUGGAUGGUAUUAUUGGUAUUCACUAUAUUUUCAUAUCAACCAACCAUUCAUUCUAGUAUACCAAUGAUUAUCUCUAGAAAGUAUUUUCAUAUACUGGCAAUAGUGAUGUUUACUCCACCACUACUAUUGGAAGGUGACGAUGAUAUGUAUAAAUUCAUGGUCUUAAGCUAUUCAGUUUCCAUUAGUGCUUUAAUAUUAUUGGAACUAUUAAAAUACUCACUUGCACCACCAUUAGCAUUACCAAUUAGACAUUACAUGGACAGAUUCUUGGAUGACCGUGAUUCUGGACUAAUUACAACUACCCAUAUUUAUCUAUUACUAGGCUGUUCAAUACCUUUGUUUUUAACUUUCUUUAUGGAUUUAAUUCAUCUUGGUAGUAGUGGCAUCCAAUCAAAUUCUUAUCAUUUCUUAUCACCAUUCUCUGGUAUAUUAACAAUUGGUAUUGGUGAUACAAUGGCUUCUUAUUUCGGUGUAAAAUAUGGUAGAAAUAAAUGGUUUGGUUCACAAAAAUCAAUUGAAGGCACUGUAGCUGGUUCCAUUUUUACUAUUAUUGCCUCUUUAUUGCUUUAUUGGUUUUGUUCUGCAAGUGGUUCCUCCUUGACAAUCUCUUCAAUUUUAAAAAUAAUUGUCACUUCAACCUCUUGCUCUUUAAUGGAAGCAUCCACUACUCAAAUAGAUAAUUUAAUAUUACCAUUAUUUUAUUUCACUCUUAUAAAUUUAUAA